GUAAAAACUAUGUUUAUUGAAAAGUAUGAGGAAAUGAAACUCGAUUCACUCAUGGAUUAUUUCUGUAAUGUGUUGAAUAUCUCCCCUGGUGCGAGCAUCAACAGUAACAUCAAUCCACAAUUCUAUGAAAAGUAUUAUAAGAUAUGGAAACUUCAAUUAAACAACUACCAAUAUUAUGACCAAGAGUAUUUCUUUGAUUGUUAUAUAAAUGCUACUUCAAUUCAAAAUUUGUUUCUCCAGAACGGAUUUCUUUUGAAUUAUACCCGAUUCAAACAUUAUUUCGCUAGGGACAUAAUGAAUCAUCCCUACGAUGAAGACGAAGACGAAGAUGAACUGCAACUGGAGGAGCUUAGUGAAACAGACAGUAAUUACCUGGUCACAUCUGGGAGAGUUCGACAAAUUUACCAGUUUUCACCUCCUAGAUUUAUCGAUGAAAGCGUGCCCAAGCGAUUAAGAUUUAAUGAUGAUAUUAAUGUUAUAAAACUUGAUCCUCGAUUACCUGUGGAUCACGUAAUGUAGGAAAAGUUUAUGUUCAAUAGAUGUUUAUACAGGAUAAUAUAAAAGUCGAUUGAUAAGAUAAUCUUUGUAAUUUGGAACUCCGAGUUUUGUGAUUCAAUAAGCUUUAGCCUCGAUUAGCAGCCAAAAAUUAAAUUUUAGUUCGCACCAAUAAAUGCCGAUGCAACCGCGAGAACGCCGCAUCAGCAACACAGCAAGCGGCUUUGAUUGCUCGAAUCAGCAAGCUUUCAACACUUACAUAAAAACUGCUUGAACUUUACACAGCAUUGACGAACAGUUAUCAGUAAUAUGAAGUCUCUAAUAGGACCAAUAAGUGAUCGAUUGGUUUGUUUCAGCUUCCAACCUUAAGAGUUAUUUUUGGCAACAUCUGGAUCAAAACAAAGUGUCUUACCUAUAAAGUUUCAGCGUUCGAGCCAAGACUUUGAAUACGGUGUCACUUCUUUCAUAUAUCUCUUACUUAACACAAUUAAACUGAAUUAGCCUCCUCAUUCACGUUUCAUGUAUUGCAUUGUAUUUUAUUCUAUCUUGUUUACCAAAGUGGGGAUCGCCCU